AUGGACCAUCAUCAACUCCGCACACGUAGCUUCAUUCCUUGUGCGGCUCCAUUCUGCGUUACUGGACCUACUGAACCAUUCAUGCGCUUGUCCAUCAGCUCGACCACAGGCAGCCGCUUCGAGCUCUCUGUCCAUCAGGGAGAGACCGUGGAGGUGCUGAGGAGACGACUUUCCCAAAAGCUCAGAGUACCGAAAGAAAGAUUCGUCUUGCUGCAUAAGGAAACGUGAGUAGCCUAACCCCACUGGGCACAUACGUCCAUUUCAACGUCUAUUCCACGUUGGUUCAACGUAAUUUCAUUGAAAAGACGUUGAAUCAACGUUGAUUCAGUACAUUGCGUAUGAUUUCUUGGGGACCAAAUAACAGUUCUGAUGUAGGCUUUUGUAAUACAUAUUGGAUGCAAUAUCAUGUAAUGUAUUUUAUUUCUGGUUCUGCAUGAGCCUAUAACUUCAUUGUCAAACAGGCCUAAAUCAUAAAUGAGAUGCAUUUAAGUGCAGGUGUUCUUUGUCAAAUAUAAUUUUAAUCUCUCAUGUGUAUACAUGUAGUAAUGAUCAUGUCCUCUUAUGUGCCCACAGGCGGUUGAGUACAGGGACACUCCAUGACCUGGGCAUAGUUGAUGGGAGUAAACUGACACUGGUCCCAACUAUUGAAGCAGGCUUGUUAUCAGUAAGUCAUAUAUUGUACAGUCCACAAAUGGUAAACAAUGUUAACACCAGGUAUUGAGUAAAGGAAAUAUGUCCGUAAUGUUAUUUAUAAUGUAUAAACUUCAGCCAAGUGGUCUGGAUCCUUAUAGCACAGGUGAUAUUACUACUGGUGCUCUGGCAGUUCUCCCUGAACCACUUUUACAACAGAACCAUGUGUCUGUCUGGGGAUGUACUUGCCAGCUUCUAUCGGCAUUGAUCUAUCAUAUGUGAUCUUAAUCAAUACAUUUAUUCCAUGUUGUUAGCGGUUAGAAUCUCUCUCUCUCUCUCUCUCUCUCUCUCUCUCUCUCUCUCUCUCUCUCUCUCUCUCUCUCUCUCUCUCUCUCUCUCUCUCGCUCUCUAUCUUUCUCUCUGAUUAUAUUGAACUCAUUAUCUCGUACUACUUCUCUCACUCUCUAUAAUAUGCUCUAUCUCUCUCUACCUCUAUCUUCUCUCUAUAAUAAUCUCAGCGUACUCUGCUCCACUCGCUCUCUGAGAUGAAAGCUGCGAGCAGCUCUCUCGCUCCUGAUAAUAUAUCGAGACGAUCGUACAGAAAAUGGCGUACUAGCGCGCUCUGAUCGCCUAGCUAUCCCUCUCUCAUAUAUGAUAAGAGAAUCUCAGUCGAGUCGCGCUCUCGUGCUCUCGCUGCCCGCUCAUAUAAUAACUCUAGUCUCCGUCUCUCUGCCUCUCUCUGCUCUCUCCGCUAGAGAUCUCAGUCUCGCUCCCAGCGAUGCUAUCUCGCAGCUCUCGCCUCCAUCGCGACGCUCAUAUAGAGACUCAGAUCUCUCAUCCUAUCUUCCAGAGAAAUCUGCGUAUACCUCCAUUUAUCUCUCCUCUAAUAGUAUACUCUACGUCCUCUCUCUCUCUCGUCCUUCUCUCUCUCUAUCUCUCUCUAUAUAUAAUCUCUAUCUAUCUAUCUCUCUCUAUCUCUCUCUCUCUCUCUAUCUCUCUAUCCCUCUAUCUCUCUCUAUCUCUCAAUCUCUCUCUCUAUCUCUCUCUCUAUAUAUCAUCUCUAUCUCUCUCUAUAUAUAUAUAUAUAUAUAUAAAUUCUCUCUAUCUCUCUAUUUCUCUCUCUAUCUCUCUAUCUCUCUCUCUAUAAAUAUAUGCCUAUUUUUGUUUUCUUUGCUUCCUUAGUCCCAACUAUCCAGAAGAGAGCAGACCAUCAUGCAGGCUUUGGAGAGUUUAACUGAAACUCAGGUAGGUCUCUGAUCUUUCACUGGACGUCUGUGUCAUAAGAUAAGAUGGCUGUGACACUGUUGUCUCAAUGUGGUGCGAUUGAAGGCCUAUGUAAAUAAAUAAGUGGCAUUUUCUUUCUGUCUUCAUCCGUACCAGCUCAGUACGGCUGGGUUAUUUUCAUGAAACAGCAAGGUUGUGCUUUUGUGGUUGUGUGUCUGCAUAUGUGUGUGUGUGUGUGUGGUUGAGCUUGGAAGGAGUGACUCAACUCAACAAAGAACAGUUUUCUAAGAAAUGGUAGUUCUCACUACAGUCUGACUGCCCCCGCCCCUGACUGCGCCUCAUGCACACGCACACACAUACACACACACACACACACACACACACAUGCGCGCGCAGUGACCUAGCCUCCACCACAAGAUGAAACAAUCACCGCUAUAUACAGUAUAUUGGUUAUAUUUACACCAAAUAUCAGAAGCCAUUUUGUACCCGAAUGCUCCCCUCACAUCAUAUAUUACAGUGGAGAGGUGAGCGGUUCAACAAGACUGUUGUCUGUUGUGUCGUGACCUGCCGUCUUUAGGCCUGAUGGCCUCUUUGUCAUUGAAGUGUUCUGCUUCGUGACUGGGCUAAAUGGAGACACCAGACUGAUAAUAACAAAUAACCUCAAUUGUAAUGCCUCUGUGUCCAUAGCAAGCAGUUAGUUCUCAGUAAAUAGCUCUGAAUGUCUGGGGCCAUAACACUAGUGAGAGGGUAUCAAUAUGACUUGUCUGUUUAAGCUUAUUAUAUCUUGGAUCAUUCAGGACCCUUGUAAUGGAGAGAGGCAGCAGUAAAUUAAUAAGUGCUGUAAAUAUAUUAAUCAAGCUAUUCCUCCCUUUCUGUGUCUGCAGGUCAGUGACUUCCUGUCUGGCCGUUCACCCCUGACCCUUGCCCUCAGGAUCGGUGAUCACAUGAUGUUCGUCCAGCUCCAACUGACCCCCCAGAGCGCCACUGGGCAGCAACAGCAGCAGAGGCACCUCAUCGCCCGGCGCACAGGCAGGUCCACCAGGUUCCCUUACCCCCCCCCAGCCCACCUCUCCUCCAACACCCCUCUCUCCCCUCAAACCCCCUCCUCAACCUCUCACGUCACCUACUCCUCUCCCUCACCUAGUGCCCCCCUCCGCUACACCAACCCCACCUGCUCCAGCCCUGGACCCCAGAGCCCAACCCCUGCUGCCACCUACCCAGAGGUGAGACUCAGAUUUUGCACAGAUUAUGAAUAUUAUUAUUAUUAUGUGAAUAUUAUGUGUGUAUUAUCAUAUGCUAAUGUUAGUUCAAUACUUCAAAGCCUCAUCCUGUUACUAAGGCAGGGAAUAACUUUUCAAUAUAAUGUAGUUGCAGAUUUAUUGUAAUAUUAUUAAAUGACAGGUAGUCUACUGCUAUUAUCAUUAUACAGGCUUUUGACUAGAGAGGGAGUAUCUUAUAUACAACCCUUUCGCUGUCUUUAUCACAGGGUGACUGCAGUGUGGCUGGUACUCCCACCUCUAAGAAACCAGCUGCCGGGGAACCAGGUGCUGUCAUAGAGAGCUUUGUGAGCCAUGCCCCAGGAGUCUUCUCAGGGACCUUUUCAGGCACUCUGCCCCCAGCCGGCCAGGACAGCACCAGUACCAGUGCCAGGUCAUCCAGGCAAGGCAUCAACACAAUCCUCCAGAUCCUCAACGACCUUCUCAGUGCCACUCGCCAGUACCAGGGGGCUCCACUGUCCCUCUCCCAGCUCCUCUGCCGCCCUCCCAUCACCCCAGCCAGCAGCACCCCGAGUACCCCAACCUCGCCCUCCCCGCCGCCCUCACCUCUCACCCCUGACCCCGUCAGCACUGCUACCUCAGGACCACUUAUAGACCACAUCAGCCAGGAACAGAGCCGCUCAUGUAAACCUACUGGUGAGUUGAGGUCCCACAGAAUAAGCAAAACCUGUCAAUGCUGUGUGUAGCUGAUUAUAGGCAAAACAAAGUACAACAAUAUGCUGAGACAAAGGAUGUUUUAGGUUUUGUUAUACCAUGCUGUCUUUAUUCGACUCUUCAUAACACAACUAAAGAACCAAAUUAAUGAGAUAGAGAUUCUCUUUAUUGUCUUUAUUGAAAACGUAUGUACCGUAUGUGCAUUCAAUGAAUGUUUAGCCUUGAAGUAUUCCCUGUCAGUGGUCUGUCACUUAGUUCUCGCUCCUGCAUUCCGGAACCCUAGCGUCAUGUUUGGAAACCAGUCCAACCUUCUCAGUUUUUAGAAAGUUUAGAAAGUAGCAGCUGUACAGAAAGUAGCAGCUGUACAGCAGAGAACACUGGUUGUGAGGGUAUUGUUAGAAAGGAGGAAGUGGUUUCUGUGCCCCCUAUUAAUGAACUAGGGCUGUUUAUAUCCGUUACCUCACGGCCUAUGCAUUCAUUUGUUCCCCAGUCUGCAAUGAAUUAGAAAAUCGUGUGUCUGUGUGUGUGUGUGUGUGUGUGUGUGUGUAGUUUUGUGAGUGUUUUGGGGCAGAGAGAGCAUGGCCCUCAGGGGUCAGUUAGUGACAGGAACGAACACUCCGUCACACACACGUUUACAUUUACAUUUUUAGUCAACAGGACCUUAACCUUUUAACCUGAGUGUGUGAACUAUUGUAUCUUACUAGCACCUUUUCACCCUAGCACCGGAAACAUACUAAUGAACACAUAAUCAUUGGCGACAGUGGCAGCUCUUGGUCACGUUGUCAGGGAAACGGCACUGCUCCAUUCUUAGAAUUAGAAUCCAUUCAAUGUUGUUCAUGGUUCCAUCCGUCGAAUUCUGUGUUCAGUGAACAAUGCUAGGCUGAUUAUAUGAGUAUGGCACAAUGUACACUAUAUAUACGAAAGUAUGUGGACACCCCUUCAAAUUAGUGGAUUCGGCUAUUUCAGCCACACCGUUGCUGACAGGUGUAUAAAAUCGAGCACACCGCCAUGCAAUCUCCAUAGACAAAUAUUGGCAGUAGAAUGACCUUAAUGAAGAGCUCAGUGACUUUCAACGUAGCACCGUCAUAGGAUGCCACCUUUCCAACAAGUCAGUCACAUUUCUGCCCUGCUAGAGCUGCCCAGGUCAACUGUAAGUGCUGUUACUGUGAAGUGGAAACAUCUAGGAGCAACAACGGCUCAGCCGCGAAAUGGUAGGCCACACAAGCUCACAGAACGGGACCGCCGAGUGCUGAAGCGCAUGGUGCGUAAAAAUCAUCUGUCCUCGGUGGCAACACUCAAAACUGAGUUCCAAACUGCUCCAGUUUGGUGGAGGAGGAAUAAUGGUCUGGGGCUGUUUUUCAUGGUUCGGGCUAGGCCCCUUAGUUCCAGUGAAGGGAAAUCUUAAUGCUACAGCAUACAAUUACAUUCUAGAUGAUUCUGUGCUUCCAACUUUGUGGUAACAGUUUGGGGAAGGCCCUUUCCUGUUUCAGCAUGACAAUGCCCCCGUGCACAAAGCGAGGUCCAUACAGAAAUGGUUUGUCGAGACCGGUGUGCAAGAACUUGACUGGCCUGCACAGAGCCCUAACCUCAACCCCAUCGAACACCUUUGGGAUGAAUUGGAACACCGACUGCGAGCCAGGCCUAAUCGCCUAACAAAAGUGCCCGACCUCACUAAUGCUCUUGUGGCUGAAUGAAAGCAAGUCCCCGCAGCAAUGUUCCAACAUCUAGUGGAAAGCCUUCCCAGAAGAGUGGAGGCUGUUAUAGCAGCAAAGGGGGGACCAUCUCCAUAUUAAUGCCCAUGAUUUUGGAAUGAGAUGUUUGACGAGCAGGUGUCCACAUACUUAUGGUCAUGUAGUGUAUAUGUAUAUACUUCCUGAAUUCCUGCAAUAACAUUCUUCCUCAUGACCAGUGGUGUAAAGUACUUAAGUAAAACUACUUUAAAGUACUACUUAAGUAGUUUUUUGGGGUAUCUGUUCUUUACUAUUUCAAUUUUUGACAACUUUUACUUUCACUCCACUACAUUCCUAAAGAAAAUAAUGCACUUUUUACUCCAUACAUUUUCAUUGACACCCCAAAAGUACUCGUUACAUUUUGAAUGCUUAGCAGGACAGGAAAUUUGUCAAAACCUUGCACUUAUCAAGAGAACAUCCCUGGUCAUCCCUACUGCCUCUGAUCUGGCAGACUCACUAAAAACACAUGCUUCGUUUAUAAAUGAUUGUCUUAGUGUUGGAGUGUGCCGCUGCCUAUCCGUAAAAAGAAAGUAAUAAAUAAAAAAUGGUGCAGUCUGGUUUACUUAAUAUAAGGAAUUUGAAAUGAUUUAUACUUUUACUUUUGAUAUUUAAGUAUAUUUUAGCAAUUACAUUACUUUUGUUAUAUUUAAGUAUAUUUAAAACCAAAUACUUUUAGACUUUUACUCAAUUAGUAUUUUACUGUGCGACUUUCACUUUUACUUGUCAUUUUCGAUUAAAGGUAUCUUUCCUUUUACUCAAGUAUGACAAUUGGGUACUUCUUCCUCCACUGGUCAUGACUCUUCCCGUCUUCUUCCUCCCACCUCUUUUCUCUAUUCCCUUCCAUCCUCCCUGUCUCUCUCCCUUCUCCUCCUCUCUCAGCAGGCCUGUGUUCCAGUCAGUCCGAGGAGGAGAACCAGUCGUUGCGUUGUAAACUGGAGCGCCUUCAGAUGUUGAUGCACCAGAGACGCCUGCGCAGGCGGGCUCGCAGGUACACACGCACCUCACACCCCUACCCUCCUCACCACCGUCAGCCCUGGUCGCCCGGACGAGACAAAGCCAACACCAGCCGCCAUAGCAACGGCAGCCUGUCCAGCAGCGAGGGCUCUUCCCUGGAUGACCUGGAGUUGCCAUGGAAACCGGAGCUGCCAUCCGACCUUGUGAUGGCGUAG